CCGCGCGGGGCCGGGUGGCGGCGGCCAUGGCCGGGGAGCUCCGGCGGAGCGGCGGGAGCGCGGCCCCGCCCCGGGGGCGGAGCAGGAAGCGCGCAUCGCCCCGCGAAGGGGCCCCGGCUGCAGCGCCCGCUCCGCCGCCCGCCCGGCAUCUCUUCAGCGACCCGGCUGAGGUCGAGGCCCUGCGCCGCAAUCUGCUCGCCUGGUACGACCGAUGCAAGCGGGACCUUCCCUGGAGGGCGCUGGCAGCGGCGGAGCCGGAUGCCGACAGACGGGGAUAUGCAGUGUGGGUGUCCGAGAUCAUGCUCCAGCAGACACAGGUGGCUACGGUGAUCGACUACUACACCCGCUGGAUGCAGAAGUGGCCAACGCUGCAGGCUCUGGCACAGGCGUCCCUGGAGGAGGUGAACGAGCUGUGGGCUGGGCUUGGCUACUACUCCAGAGGGAAGCGUCUGCAGGAAGCAGCAAGAAAGGUGGUGUCCGAGCUGGCUGGCCGGAUGCCCAGGAGGGCUGAGGAGCUGCAGAAGCUGCUGCCGGGCGUGGGCCGGUACACGGCGGGAGCCAUCGCGUCCAUCUCGUACGGACAGCCUACAGGAGUUGUGGAUGGGAACGUGAUCCGGGUCCUGUGCCGCCUGCGAUGCAUCGGUGCCGACUCCAGCAGCCCGGCCGUCAUCGACCGGCUCUGGGACAUGGCCAAUGUCCUGGUGGACAGGAGUCGCCCAGGGGAUUUUAACCAAGCCUUGAUGGAGCUGGGGGCAACUGUGUGUGUGCCCAAGUCCCCACUGUGUGGGGAGUGCCCGGUGAAGCAGCACUGCCAAGCGUGGCGCAGAGUGGAGAAGGAGCUGGCCUUCGCCUCUCAGAAGGUGUUUGGAAAAGCCCCCCCAGUGCCUGAUGUUGAGGACUGUGGUGUUGGGGACUGUCCCCUGUGCCCCCCAGCCACAGAGCCGUGGGACAGCAGCCUGGGGGUGACCAACUUCCCCCGGAAAGCAGCGAAGAAGCCGCCGCGGGCGAUGCGGACAGCCACGUGUGUGCUGGAGAGGAGGGGCUGCCACGGGGCCCCAGAAUACCUCAUUGUGCAGAGACCCAGCUCGGGUCUCCUGGCUGGACUCUGGGAGUUCCCAAGUGUCCCACUGGCUCAAGAUCUGCAGGAGGAGAAGGAGAGGGAGGAGCUGGCUGAUCACCUCCAGGCCUGGAUGGGGCAGCCCGUGGCAGCAAAAGGCCUGCAGUUUGUUGCAGAGGUCAUCCACAUCUUCUCCCACAUCCACCAGACUUAUGUGGUCUACUCCCUGCACCUAGAUGGGGAUGUGACCCUGGACCCUGCCUUGUCCCCAUCCCGCUGGGUGACAGAGGAUGAGUUCCAUGCCUCGGCUGUGUCCACAGCCAUGAAGAAGGUGCUGAAAGCUCACGAGAAGCAGCGCAGGAAGGAGAGCAGCCCUGUCAAGGGCUCCAAGCGGAAGCGGGGGGCCAAGGCACCGGGAGCAGGCAGCCCCUGCCCUGGGACACAGCUCUCCCUCCGAGCCUUUCUUCGGGCACCGACGGCCCCGUGAGGGCACCAACCUUCCUCGUGCGAGAGCCCAGAGCCCCUCGCUGGGUCAGUCCUGGCCGGGGCGUGGCAGUGCUGUCCCUGCCAUAGCAAUCCCAGGAGAUGGCUCUACAAUGGUCUCUCACUCUUCCUUUCCCCUGCCUCCCCCGUGGGCAUUGUGCCUGGAUGUGGCCACUGGUCCUGGUUUAAUCCUGGAGCCAGACCUGCCCUCCCUCCUUGGCUGGAGCGCUCCUGGGGCGACUCGGCCCUGUACUGCCACCACUUUGGCACUGUGGACUUGGGGCAGCAGGGCUUUCUCUCCAGCAGUGGGACGGCUGUGGCCACAUGGCUCCCACAGCCCUGUCCCCUGCCUGCAUCUCAUGCCCCAGCCAGUGACUGGGGAUGCUGCUGUACCCUCCCUUGUUUUUACUGGACCUGAAAAUAAAUCUCAAGUGUGUGGGUUUUUU